UUGGAGAGACAGCAGGAGAAGGAGCAGCAGGAAAACCUGAAAGCUCCAGAGUUCGUCAAAGUGAAAGAAAACCUGAGAAGAACGUCGAUUCACAGUAAAGAGGAGAAGGAGGUAUAGAGACAGAGCUGCUGUCCCACAGGAGACAUAGAAAGAGAACCAGACUGCAUGAGGACACAAACUGACACUAACACUCUGAGGACAGUCUGAGGACACACUGACACUAACACAAAGAGGACACUGUGAAGACAGUAUGAAGACACACUGACACUAACAAAAAGAAGACACUUUGAGGACACAAAGAGGACACAGUGAGGACACAGUGAGGACACAAAGAGGACACACUGAGGACACACUGAGGACACAAAGAGGACACAGUGAGGACAAACUGAAGACACAGUGAGGACAGUCUGAGGGCACAGUGAGGACAAACUGAGGACAUAGUGAGGACACACUGAGGACCGUCUGAGGACACACUGACACUAACACUCUGAGGACAUAGUGUCCAGAACGGCUGUGAUUUCUCUUGGGGGACAGACACAGUUUGAAGGAGGAGACAUCAGGUCUCUUUUGGGUUCGAUGGACAGAUUACCGGACUCGUCUCACCUGGUGGAUGACUGUUGCCAUGGAAACAAACAACCACGUUCUGCACAGAAGGAAGGACAACGAUAAAAACCUGAAAUAUUUGAUUUAUUGUCAGUUUAUUUUUUAAUCGAUAGGCUCCGAUAAUCAUUUGUGUUAUUAUCAGAUAAUUUAAUUUAAAAGAUGUUUAAUUGCGAAAUUAAUAAUUUGUGCGUAUGUUUUAAUUAUGAAAUAUAGUCAUAAUUAUGAGAAACAUUUUAUAUAUCAUAAUGAAGAUAAUUUCAAUCAUUCAGACGUCAUAAAAACUUAUUUCAUAAGUUAUUGGUUGUUUCAUAAUAAAGGCAAACAUUCUGUAGUAAUCAAUCAUUUUAAAUAUUUUUUUACGUGAAAUUGUGCGAAAACGCUCGCGCUGCGACGCCAUCGCCUCGGUGUGACAAAUGUUCUUCUUGUGCCUCAAACUGUACGUGGACAAUAUUUUUCAGGCAAUAACAAGUAAAACUCAUUAAUCACUUUAAUCACAUUCAUAAUCAGCAGCAAGAGGAAACCUCUCGUCUCUCGUAAAGAUGUUAAUUACAUAUAAUUACAACACAGACAUCAUUAUGAGAACUUUAUCUGAGAUCAUUCUUAAAAUAUCCAACAUCAUUAUUAGAUCUUUUGUUGUAAUUCGGAGAUAAUCAGUAAAUAAACUGUUUUUGCUCUCACAGACUGAAGCCUUACAUUAUUGUUAUAGUAAAUUAAAAUCAUGUUGAGUUUCCUUAUCAUUUCAGAAUGUAACUAGUAAUUAGAAUCAGACAUAUUUUUAUUUCUGUUCGACUUUGUUAAUUUCUUUUUGUGGCUUUUGAAGCAAUGAUUGUUCUGAUUAACGUGUUCACACUGACGACAAUAAAGUACAAUAAUCCUGA